AUGAAGGUCCUCGCCAUCAUCACCGCGCUCGGCCUCGCCGCCACGGCUGCACUCGCAUCGCCCACCCUCCCCACCACUCCCGCCGCCGCCGCCGCUACCGCCCACGCCCAGCCGCCCAUGCUCGACGAGGACGCGGUCCUGGGAGGCGGUGACGCGGCCAACGUGACCCGCGCCAAGAACAGCUGCCGCCGGGGUCAUGGUUGCGAGAAGGGCCGCUGCUGGCGCUCGUGCAACGAGGACGAGGGCACUUGGUGCUGGAUGGCCCAGGUGCAUGGCGGAGCGCGGCUCUCCUGCUCGAGCGAUGACACGUGCAUGGAUGCGAUCAAGCACGGAACCGCGGUGUGCGACCUGUCGAUCUGCAGCGACUGCGGCUGCAAGUGCUGGUGA